UGUUUCCCGUGAUUGUUGUACAUUUAGCUAGCUUACUAGACAAAAUGAGCCACGCACAUUACCGUAUAGCUGGGCACAUAGCCAUAAUAUUGAGCCUGGUGAUACCACUGAUGCGAACCACUGCACUUAUAGAAGAACAUAGACACAAUGUACCUGAUCUGGACAUGUUCGCGAAUUUGAGAACUCGGUUCGCUACUAUAUGGAAUGUGGCAUUUCAAGUGCUCUACGCCUCAUCGGCUUUAGUAAUAGACUAUUAUACUCUUAAAGGCAAAGAACGGAAAAUUCCAGAAGCAUUAAGAAGUUACAGAUACACAUUUUUCGCAGGGAUAAUCUACCCUGUAGCUAUGGGCAUCUUAGUUUUCUGGCCAGUAUACUUCUACGACAGAGAAUUAGUCUACAAAACAACCUUGGAAGUAGCCAUACCACAACAUACAAACUACAUUGUCCAUGGGAUGGUGUUUUUAUAUGCCAAUUUUGAGCUGGUCUUUUUACCACGGGAGCUACCUAAGAGAAACCACGUUAGUUGGAAUCAUUUGGUUGUCUUUAAUGCUAUCUAUAUGUCCGUGGUUUUCUACACACGUUACGUCGACAUAGGCGUAUGGGUGUACGACGUGUUGACAGCCGCCAUUGGAACCAUAAUGUUCCCCACCAUACUCUUCAGUCUAUGGGCUCUGUCCUCCAUUGGGUACCACCUGCAGUGGGUCCUCAAAGACUUUGUCUGGAGACUACGGGAUUCUUAUAGUGUUAAGGGUGUUAAAAAUAAAUAGAUUUUAACAUUU